ACAUCGGUUCGAAAUCCGGAAACCGUACGAUUCUUAACUCGGGUGGAUCGAUGGUGGCUCCCAAGCGAUGCGCCUUGGUGGUAGCGGCUGUGCUUCAGCUGCUGUUACUACUGGCGGGUAACGUCGCGCCGUGCGCGGGUCAGAGCGCGAGCCAGGAGUGCUACUGGCCGCUCAUCUCCACGCAGUCGGAGAUUCUGGCAAGCGUGGCAGCGAAUCUGGACUACUUUCCGUACGAGAUGUCAUUCAUCACCACCUGCGUCAAUGUCGGCCUCACCUGCAGCGACGAUGGCUACGUCACUGGAAUAAACUGGCAGUACAAGGCGAUCCAAGGGGAGCUGCCUUCGGAGAUUUUCCAGCUGGUGCAUCUUGAAUACCUGUCUCUGCGUGACAACUAUCUGCGCGGCUCCAUCCCUUCUGAAAUCGGCAACCUCGUCAAUCUCACAUCAUUGGACCUCACCAACAACUCCUUCUCAGGCCCCUUCCCCACCUUCUUGAGCAAGCUCAAAAAGCUCUCCUACUUGUACCUGGGAUUGAACAAGUUUUCCGGCAGCCUUCCUGAAGCCAUCGGCAGCAUGGUCUCUCUCGGCGAUCUCGCCCUGUUCGAUAAUGAGCUCUCGGGCACUCUGCCCUCUUCUAUAGGCCGCCUCACCAAUCUCUACAACUUAGGAUUGGCACGAAACCGCCUGUCAGGGUCCCUCCCCAACUCCUUCUCCAACAUGGCCAGCCUCAGCUCCGUCCAGCUGGACAACAACAUGUUUACGGGGUCGCUCGCUCCCCUCGCUGCUCUCUCCUCCCUCAGCGCCAUCUUCCUGUGCUGCAACCGCUUCAACGGGACCAUACCGCCCACCUUCUCCACCAACGUCUUCACUGACUUUGACGUGUCAGUGAACGACCUCACAGGGCCCCUGCCUUCCGGCCUCAGGUUCUCCGAACCUCCUGGCGGUCCGAAUUUCAACUCGUCAUUCAACCGCCUCUCGGGGGAAAUCCCCUUCGACUUUAACGUCAACUUCUUCUUCACCCUCAACUACUCGCACAACAGAUUCUCAGGAGUGCUCGACCCCUCCCUCUCCACCCUCACCUACCUCCACGACCUAGACAUGUCAGGCAACCUUCUCACGGGGUCCAUUCCAGCCUUCAUUUCCCUCCUCACCAACCUCACUAUGCUUGCCUCCCCGCACGCAACCUUCUCCCUGCCCUCACCCUCUCCCUGCCCCCCACCCUCUCCCUGCCCUCAAACCUCUCCCUGCCUUCACCGCUCCAUUACCCUGCCCUCCACCUCACUCCUUACCUCCACGCCUCCCUGCCCUCAUUCCACUUCCCACCCCCUCAUUCCACCCCUCUUCCCUGCCCCUGUGGCCGCCCUCCCCGCCUGCAGCGACCUCUCUUCCAACCAGCUCAAUGGGGCCGUGCCCAACGUGUCGUCGAAUCAGCUGUCAGGAGACAUCACACCGUCCCUCUCUCCUCUGCGCUUCCUUGAGAUUAUCUCUUCUCCCCUCAACUCCCAUCGCUUCAUCUCCCCUGAAUUCCUGUCAUUUACCCCCCAUGCCCUGCCAUUCUCCCUCCAUCCCCCCAUGCCCUGCCAUUCUCCCCUAUCCCUCCAUCCCUCCAUGCCCCGCAGUGACAUCUCAGCCAACACAUUAAACGGCUCUGUUCCCCCCUUCUUUGGUCUCAUGCCCAACAUGACCCACCUGGACAUGGCUAUCAACCUACUCUCCGGCUCGGUGCCUCCCGCCAUUUUUAACCUUCGACGGCUCUCCCACCUCAACAUGUCUCGCAACCGCCUCUCAGGCCCUCUGCCCAACGCUGCUGCCAGUCCAGCUCUCAUCAUCGACCUUUCAUUCAACACACUCUCGGGGACACUGGAGAGCCAGCAUGUCAACCUCAAGCGACUGGCAUUGCUGGCGCUGCACCACAACCAGCUCUCUGGCCCCAUCCCCGAGUACCUCUGCCAAUCUGCGUUGCAGAUCAUGCUGCUGAGCAGCAACGCCUUUUCGGGGGCCCUCCCUCAGUGCCUGCCCUUCGAAGCAACGAACCCUCAGUGGGUGUGGGGGGCGCAAGGGGGGCAGCUGGGGGCAGCUGCAGCAGGAGGGGCGAGCGGGGGGAAUAGCAGCAGCUCAGUGGCGUGGCUGGCUGUGGAGGGCAACUGUGUGGGGAGUGAGGUUGUGGGGCAGCAGCGGGGGGCAACAGAGUGUGUCGCGGUGUGUGGGAUAGAGCCAGGGCAAGGACCCUGUGGGGGUGCGGGUGCGGGGCAGUGUGUGGUGCAGAGCGGUUGGCCGCCGUCCCUCUCCUGCUCCUGCGCCAGUGGCUACGUUGCUGUCACUGCUGCCGGCACUGCCAAUACCACCACUUGCGAGCUGCCGCCCCCUUCCGCGUCCUCGUCGGGGCUGUCAGCAGGAGCGGUGGCGGGCAUAGUGGUGGGCGCUGUGCUGCUGCUUGCAGCUGUCGCUGGCCUUCUCAUCUUCUUCCUCCGCCCCUCUCAGAGAAGGUCGCUCGAUCUGGACCAGUGUGUGGCGUACCGCAUAGAGGACAUCCGCCGCGCCACCAACAACUUCGCGCCGGAAUCCAAGCUGGGCGAGGGCGGCUUCGGCAGCGUCUUCAAGGGCACCGCCCCCGACGGCACCCUGUGGGCCAUCAAGCGUGCCAAGUUCCUCACCAACGACUUUGAGAAGGAGGUGCGAGCAGUGGCAACGCUGCGGCACCAGCACCUGGUGCGGCUGCUGGGGUACUGCAUGGACUACAACGCGGCCACGGGCCACCAGGAGCAGAUCCUCGUCUACGAGUUCGUCCCCCACGGCGACCUCUCCCACUACCUCCACACCGGGGACGCUCCUCCUGGUUCAACCCGUGUGUCGCUCUCCUUUGAAGAGCUCCUGCGCAUCGCACAGGGCGCGGCGGAGGGUCUUGCUUACCUGCACCACUCGCUCUCUCCUCCCAUUGUGCAUCGCGAUGUGAAGCCCGCGAAUAUUCUCAUUGGCGAGGGCAGGACUGCAAAGCUGGGUGAUUUCGGGCUGGUGAAGACGGAUAACCUGGAGAAUGCGACGAACCUGGCGGGCACGCCCGGGUACAUGGACCCGGAUUAUGGUGACAGCAAGAUUGUGACGACGGCGAGUGAUGUGUUCAGCUUUGGAGUGGUGCUGCUGGAGAUGGUGUCGGGGAAGCGGGCUGUGUUGGAUGAGAGUGAUAUCGCCUUCAGCAACCGUCACAUUUCCAUCUGGGCGAAUGAGCUUGUGAUGGCGGGCAAAAUCACCCAAGUGGUGAUGGAGGACCUGAAAGCCCCACCUGAUGCCAUCAUUAUGUUUGUUGAUCUGGCUAUGGAUUGCCUGAAGCGCCCUGGAGCCCUGAGGCCGGAGAUGAGGGAUGUGGCACGGCGCCUCACCAACAUUCUUGCCGUUGCACAAGGAAAUGUGCCGGUGGGUUGGGUGAAGCAAAAGUCAGUGACGGACAGUACCAGGAACGAUUCGAGUGUCAAAGCUGUAGAUGAAGCGGAGCCAUUGAAGAAGGAAAUUGCUUAG